UCCUGGUCCACACGGGAGGAAUACUGCAAGCAUCAGCCUGAUGAGGAAGCUCGGAGAAAGAUGUCCUGAAUCCUUCCGUCCUUACUCAUCUCUCUGCAUUAUCCCUCAGCGUCGUCCACAAUCUUCGUUGUCGACUUCUACCUCGAUCGCACAGAUAACGUGGGCAGUCGCGCUGCGUGGUUGAUGCAGAUCAACACAGCACAAUGCUUAACAUCCACAUCGCUCUGUUUGCACUGAUCAAUUGCAUCUACGCCGCAAGCCAGAUCGCCCUCUUUACCGACUCGAAUUGUCUAGACUCAUACAAAGGCCUCGAGGGCCCCAAUGGCUAUCCAAACGGCAGCUGCACCGACUUCAGACGCAGCGGUACAUAUGGCAGCUUGCAAGUCGUAGGCCUGGAUUCCGGCUGCGCAGUAACGAUAUACGUCAACGACCCUGAGACGACAAUAUGCGGCGGCUACCAAGAAGAGAUCCAGAUCGGCGAGUGCUGGAAUAGCACGUUUGUGUAUUACAGUAUCGAUAUGUGUGAUAUUCCCACCACCUCACUUACACCUUCCAUCACGCCCCUUUCGUCCUCUUCUCCAUCUGCUUCAAGCGGACCGGCAACAGGCAUAUUGGUAGGAGGAAUUGUCGGUGGACUUGCAGGGUUGGGGUUGAUACUUGGAUUCGCGCUUUGGAUUUUGGCGCGGAAGAAACGCGCGAGGAAACAUGCGGCUGUGCAGGAGCACCGCCAUCCUGCUGAGAUGAACGCGGACUACCACCGUCAUGAGAUGUCUGAGGGAAAAGUAGUGUACAAGAACCAUGCGGCUGAAGUCGCGCAACCGCCCAUUGAGCUGGGCGGCCUCGAGUUAACACCGCAUGAACUUGGAGACUACGAGACGGGAAGAAGCAAGCCGUAGGUAAUUUGAGAAU